AUGCAGAAGUACGAAGACAACCAGGACCUGACUGAUUUCCUUCUGGCACUGGAGAAAUGCGCGGACGUGCCCGCCGGAUGCCUUUCAACUAUUAAGAAACAUCUGACUCCAGUCGCAGAGGAACCCCGCCGGAUCCUCGACUUGAAGAAAUUGGUGACGGACGAACUUCUUGUCAUCGACUUUAACCUCCAGAUGAAGAUUUGCAAAGAGUUGGUCACAUACCUGAGGUCCUCCGCCUACGGCUCCGUGUUGGAGAAAAGAGUUCACCAGGAAGUGGAAACCAGGUGGAACACGGUCCACAAAAUGCUUGAAUCUGUGCACCGCAACUUUGAGGGGAUUCAACGUGUUCUGAAGGAAAUUAAACAGGAGGAGAGAAUCAAGGACAUCGACCGUAGGCUGGUGGAAUGGUUGAUGAACUUCUUGCAGCCCUUCAAGGACGAAACUAAGAAUGUCGAAGGGAACGACUACCGUACUCUCCCUCUCGUCCUUCUUGCCAAGUGCAACCUGGACUUUGCCUUGGAGCCGGCACUGCUAGAUACUCCUGCUCAGGCUGCGCUGCGGAAUAGGGCAGCGCAGUUUAAAGUGACCAUGUAGCACAAGAUCGCGACAUUUCUUGUCCCAAAGUUCAGAAAGCUGCAGAUGAUCAGCGCGGAAGAGAUAGAAGAGGUGAGUUUUAUCUGCUAUUUCACUUACUUUAAUCUAUUUUAUGCUAAUUAUUUGUUUAUUCCAGGUACAUGAUGCUGUUCGGCAGAUCCUGGAUCAGGAUUUUUCGGCCUUCCAGCGGAAUGUCACCGAGUCCCAGGAGCAAGAAGAGCAGCCGGCUGCUGGGUCGCCCGCAAAGAGGCGCAGGGUCGACACGGGGUACGAGAGGUGGGCCGAGAAGCCUGACGAGGAGGCCGAAGAGGAGGACGAGCUGACGUACUAUAUCAAGUGGGGGCCGCCAACUAUCGGCGUGGCCUCUAAUUUGUUCGAGUAUUGGAAGCAAGAAGUAAGUUUUCCCUUUACUAUAUUUAUAUAGUAUAUAGUAAUUUUCAGGACCACAUUUCAAUCACAUCUGAUAAAAACAUCGACAAAUUUCUGAUGUUUGAUUUUGUUUUGUCAUCGGACAGAUGUUUUAUUUCUCACUGGAUACAUCCCGAGAGUAAUCUACUUUUCUUUUCCUUACUCGAUUCCCCUGUAGAAAUGUAAUUCAUCAACUACUAUUUGCUAUGUUGAUGUUUAACUUGGUGCAAAUAGCUACCAGGGCUGGCAAAAAGAAUUAAAUCUUAUUUUAAAAUUAGCCCUUGCGAGAGCAAAAUAUUUUGCCCGGACAAACUAUUUUGCCCUAGGGCAAAAUCAUAAAGCCCUUUCGAAAUUGGUCCUCAAAGGGCUAAACCUUAUAAUAAUAAUUUUACCCU